UUUCGCUUUCGGGAAGUCGCCUCCAUUCCCAGAAGCGGAUCGGGGCAGUCGGGGGCUUCCCGGGGCGGGCAGCGAACCCGGCGCCGGUCCCGCCUCUCUCCGUCUGCGCCCGUUCGCGGCCUCUCGCUCCUCGCCCUGGCCGGGGAGUUGCGGGCGGCGGGUUUCCACGGGGCGGCUGCGGAGCGGGGUCAUGCGGAGCAGGGCCAGGAAUUGCCCCUGACGCCUGGGAUCCGCUAGUCCCGGAGGAGCCGCAGCCAGACCCCGGCCCCCACCGGGGAAAGGGGGGAGACCCCAAGAGGAGUGGGACUGGAUCGGCAGGACAGUUUCUGCGGUCACUCCGGCGUGGGCUCUGGGGCGCAGUGACCCGAGCGGCCGCCAGAGGGCGCCCCCGGCGGGGACCGGCCGCAGCUGGGACUAGGAGACUUAGACACUCGGCGGCUGCGAGCGCGCAGGGCCCGGCCCGGUCCGGCCCGGGGAUGAAGCUGGCCAUGGCGUGGGUCUCCCUGCCCCUGGCGGUGCUGCUGGACUUCCUGACCCUGCGCCUGGCCCUGCUGCUGAACCCCCUGCUGCAGCCCUGGGACCCCCUGGCGCUGGUCUGGGGGGUGGCGCUGGCGCGAUGGGCGCUGCUGACCCUGAGCGCCCAGGCUGCCCGCGGCAGGGGGCAGGGUCUGCCCGGGGGGCUGCGGGAGGCGCUGCUGCCCCUGGCCGCCCUGCUCAGCCUGCUGCUGCCCGGCUACGUGACCCUGCGGGCGCUGGCCCAGCCCCGGGCACCCCCCUCCGAGCUGCUGCACGGCUGGGGUCGCGGGGACGUCUUCGGCCUGACCUACGGCGCGGCGGGGCUGGUGGCCGCGCUCUGGCACCAGCUGUUCCCCGCCGGGAAGGGGGAGCCGGGGCCCUCGGCCUCGCUGGGCCGCCUGCUGGCCUGCAUGAGGCCCGACCUGCUGCGCUUCGUGGCCGUGGCGGGGCUCCUGGUGCUGUCCUCGCUCGGGGAGAUGGCGAUCCCCUACUACACGGGGCGCAUGACCGACUGGAUCGUGAGUGAGGACGAUCCCUUGGCCUUCGUCCGGGCCAUCUGGGCCAUGUCCCUCAUCACCGUAGGCAGUGCAGUGACAGAGUUCGUGUCUGACUGUCUCUAUAACGGCACCAUGAACCGGAUCCACACGCGCAUCCAGAGCCGGGUCUUCAGCUCCGUCCUGUGCCAGGAGAUCGGCUUCUUCCACGCCAACCGCACUGGGGACAUCACGUCGCGGGUGACGGCCGACACGGACGCCAUGAGCGAGGCGCUGAGUGAGAAGCUGAACCUGCUGAUGUGGUACGGGAUGCGGGGAGUCUUCCUCUUCGGCCUCAUGGGGCGGGUGUCACCGCGCCUGGCGCUCUUCACCGCCGUGGGGCUGCCCCUCAUCCUGCUGGUGCCCAAGCUCUCCGGGAAAUUCCACCAGAGCCUGGCGCAGCGGGUGCAGGCAUCCCUGGCCAAGGCCAACGAGGUGGCGGUGGAGACCUUCCAGGCCAUGGCCACGGUGCGAAGCUUCGCCAACGAGGAGGGGGCUGCCCGGCGCUAUGGGCAGCGGCUGCAGGAGACCUACCGGCUCAACAAGCAGGAGGCAGCCGCCUACGCCACCUCCAUGUGGACCAACAGCCUGUCGGGGCUGGUGCUGAAGGUGGGGAUCCUGUAUUACGGGGGGCAGCUGGUCACCUCUGGAGCCGUCAGCACUGGGGACCUGGUCACCUUUGUCCUCUACGAGAUGCAGUUCACCACAGCCGUGGAGGUGCUGCUUUCUGUCUACCCCAGUGUGCAGAAGGCCGUGGGCUCCUCAGAGAAGAUCUUUGAGUACAUGGAGCGGACGCCCCAGAUCAGCCCCCCCGGGACGCUGGCCCCCCCAGCCCUGCGCGGGCACCUCCAGGUGCAGGAUGUCUGGUUCUCCUAUCCCGGCCGGGACGAUGCCCCCGUGCUCAAGGGGGUGUCUCUGGAGCUGCGCCCCGGGGAGGUGACGGCGCUGGUGGGCCCGUCGGGCGCGGGGAAGACGGCGCUGGUGGCCCUGCUGGAGCGUUUCUAUGAGCCCCAGCAUGGGCGCCUGCUGCUGGACGGGCGGGACCUGCGGGAGUACGAGCAUCGCUACCUGCACAGCAAGGUGGCGCUGGUGAGCCAGAAGCCGGUGCUGUUCGCCCGCUCGCUGCACGAGAACAUCGCCUACGGGCUCGGGGGGCGCAGCCGGCAGGAGGUGACGGGGGCUGCCCGGCGCGCCAACGCCCACGGCUUCAUCGCCCAGCUGAGCCAUGGCUACGACACAGACGUCGGGGAGAUGGGGGGGCAGAUCUCGGGGGGGCAGAGGCAGGGGGUAGCCAUCGCCCGAGCCCUGCUCCGAGACCCCCGAGUGCUGAUCCUGGACGACACCACCAGUGCCCUGGAUACGGAGAGUCAGCUGCUGGUGGAGAAGGAGAUUUACGAGGGGGCCCGGGCCGGGCGCUCGGUGCUGCUCAUCACCCAUCGCCUGAGCGCCGUGGAGCGAGCCGACCGCAUCCUGGUGCUGGAGGACGGGGAGAUCCGGGAGCAGGGCACCCACCGGGAGCUGCUGGCGCGUCGGGGCAGCUACUGGCGCCUGGCGCAGAAACAGCUCAACGGGGACCAGGGGAGCGGCUCUGAGGGUGGGCUGGGGACCGGGGAGCCGGCGGGGACGGUCCCACCCCAGCUGCCUCUUUCGGUUUCUCUUCCCCCGGCGCCCGCCACUCAGAGCCGGGCGGGAGGCGCAGCGAGGCGGAUGGCGCUGUUUGAAGUCUGCGGGGCCCCCCGGGGGGGCUGGGACUGGGCGACCCCCGGAGCCGCCGCUGCGCCCCGGGGACCCGAUCACUACAGCUUCGGCCUGCGGGUGCCCGAGCUGGCCCUGCCCAGGGGGGAGCAGCCGGUCCAGUUCCUGCAGACAUACUCCGAGGAGGGUCGGGACCGGGUGCGGAUCCAGCUGGCCCACGGCACCACCACCCUGGCCUUCAAAUUCCAGCAUGGGGUCGUCGUGGCUGUUGACUCCCGGGCAUCGGCUGGCAGCUACAUUGCCACCCUGGAGGCCAACAAGGUGAUCGAGAUCAACCCCUACUUGCUGGGCACCAUGUCGGGCAGCGCGGCCGACUGCCAGUACUGGGAACGCCUCCUCGCCAAGCACUGCAGGCUGUACCAGCUGAGGAACAAGGAGCGGAUCAGCGUCUCAGCUGCCUCCAAGCUGCUGUCGAACAUGAUGUGUGAAUACCGGGGAAUGGGGCUGUCCAUGGGCAGCAUGAUCUGCGGCUGGGACAAGAAGGGCCCCGGCCUGUACUAUGUGGAUGAUAAUGGCACCCGUCUCUCUGGCCCCAUGUUCUCCACGGGCUGCGGGAACACCUACGCCUACGGGGUGAUGGACAGCGGGUACUGGCCCGACCUGAGCGUGGAGGAGGCCUAUGACCUGGGGCGCCGUGCCAUCUCCUACGCCACCCACCGUGACGCCUACUCUGGGGGUGUCGUCAACAUGUAUCACAUGAAGGAGGAUGGAUGGAUCAAGGUGGAAAAGACAGACGUCAGCCAAUUGAUCCACAAGUACCUGGAGGUCAGGAAAACCUGUUUGUCCGGAGCCCGCGCCCCUUCCCCGGAGCCACCAGUGGGGCUGCACGGGCCAACCGGGGCCCGGAGCUCAUGGGGAGGGGGGCGCAGGUCGGUCCCCGGCCUCUCUGCCGGAGGAUGCUGCGAGCCGCCGGUGCAGGGAGCCCGGACCGGGAGCCCAGCCGCGGCCGGUGCAGCCCGGGCUCCCCCUGGCGGCCGCAGCCGGCAGCAGCAGCGGGCGGGGCCCGGGCCGGGAAUCCCCCGAAAGCGAAACCGGCCUCGCGCGGGGUCUGGGCGCUGCCGCCCCGGGAGAAGGAGCCGGAGCCGGAGCUGCAGGUACCAGGCCCGGAGCUGCAGACUGUCCUCCACCAUGGCGCUGCCCCUCACCCUGCGUCUGGGCUGCCCUCUGCUGCUCUGUGACCUGGCCCUGCUGGCUCUGCUGGGCUGGGGCACCACCUCGCUGGCCCCCCUGGGGCUCCUGGCCACCUGGCUGGAGGCUGCUGUCCGUUUCCUGGGGCUCUGGGGGGCCUGGGGGCUGCUGGCCCCAGAUCGGCCCCGCCUGUCUCCCCCCAGGACCCUGCCUGCCCUGUGCCUGCUGCCCCCCCUGUACCUCACCCUGCGGAGCUGCCUGCCCCUGCCCGAUGUGCCCCCUGCCCUGGUGGCCGGCGCCCCCUGGGCCUGGCUGCUGUUGAGCUAUGGGACAGUGGGGCUGGCCCAGCUCACCUGGAGAGCCCUGGAGCAGGGGGACAGGGCUGGGGGGCCCAGCUCUGAGGACACGGAGCGGGAGUCCAGGGCCACUCUGCGCCGGCUGGUGGGGCUGUCCCGGCCUGACGUGCCCUUCCUGUCCGGGGCCUUCGUCUUCCUCGCUAUAGCUGUGAUCGGCGAGACAUUCAUCCCCUACUACACCGGACGUGUCAUCGACAUCUUGGGCAGCGCCUACGACUCCGACGCCUUCUCCACUGCCAUCGGCCUCAUGUGCCUGGCCUCCUUCGGCAGCUCCCUGGCCGCCGGCUGCCGCGGGGGGCUCUUCAUGUUCACAUUCUCCCGACUCAACAUCCGCACCCGGUGCCAGCUCUUCUCCUCCCUGGUGCACCAGGACCUGGCCUUCUUCCAGCAGGUCAAAACAGGGGACCUGACCUCGCGCCUCUCCAUGGAUGCAGCCAUGAUGAGCCGCUCGGUGCCGGCCAACGCCAACAUCUUCCUGCGCAGCCUGGUGAAGGCGCUGGGGCUGUACAGCUUCAUGCUGGGGCUGUCCUGGCGCCUGACGCUGCUCACGCUCGUCGAGACCCCCCUCACCAUGGCCGCCCAGAACAUCUAUGACGCCCGCCACCAGGCCGUGCUGAGGGCGAUCCAGGACUCCAUGGCGCGCUCCGGCGAGGUCGUGCGCGAGUCCGUCUCCUCCAUCGAGACCGUGCGCAGCUUCGCCACUGAGAAGGAGGAGUCGCGGCGCUACGAGGCGGCGCUGGCCGAGACCCACCAGCUGAAGAACCGCCGCGACCUGGAGAGGGCGCUCUACCUGCUCUUCCGCCGGCUGCUGCAGCUGGCCGUGCAGGUGCUGAUGCUGUACUGCGGGCACCAGCAGAUCCGCGCCGGGCUCCUGACCAAGGGCAGCCUGGUCUCCUUCAUCCUCUACCAGGGGGACGUGGGCAGCUACGUGCAGACCCUGGUGUACAUGUACGGGGACCUGCUGAGCAAUGUGGGGGCGGCAGAGAAGGUGUUCGAGUACCUGGACCGGGAGCCAGCUGUGCGCACCGAUGGGACGCGGGCUCCAGAGUCGCUGCAGGGACACGUCUCCUUCCACAACGUCUCCUUCUCCUACCCCUCCCGCCCGGACCGCCAGGUCCUCAAGGCUGUGUCCUUUGAGCUGCACCCCGGGGAGGUGACGGCGCUGGUGGGGCUGAACGGCAGCGGGAAGAGCACAUGCGUGGGGCUGCUGGAGCGCUUCUACGAGCCCCAGGCCGGGGAGAUCCUGCUGGACGGGGCGCCCCUCCGGGAGUACGAGCACCGGUACCUGCACCGCCAGGUGGCCCUGGUGGGGCAGGAGCCCGUCCUCUUCUCCGGCUCCAUCCGUGAGAACAUCGCCUACGGGCUGGGGGGCUGUGGGGAGGAGCAGGUGACCAGGGCAGCCAGAGCGGCCCAUGCCUCCGGGUUCAUCACAGAGCUGGACAGUGGCUUUGAGACAGACGUGGGGGAGAAGGGCGGGCAGCUCUCGGCGGGGCAGAAGCAGCGGAUCGCCAUUGCCCGGGCACUGAUCCGCCAGCCGGCCGUGCUGAUCCUGGACGAAGCCACCAGCGCGCUGGACGUGGAGAGCGAAUGCAUGAUCUGCCAGUCGGUGCUGAGCCGGGGGCCCCAGACGGUGCUGGUGAUCGCCCAUCGCAUGCAGACGGUGGAGAACGCUGACAGGAUCGUGGUGCUGGAGGGAGGGACCGUGGCCGAGGAGGGGACGCAUGCCGAGCUGAUGGGGCGCAAGGGGCCGUACUACAGACUGGUGCAGAGACACCUGGUCGAAUAGCCCACUGCCCCAGGGAAUAGUCCAACACCAGCCUUAUGGUCCUUCCCCCUCCUCCCCCCGGCGCAGUGUUACAUGGAAAAUAUUGUGUAUUAUGUUGGGUCACUGGCUUUAUCGUCUGUGUUAGGGUUUCGGUUCUGGGUGUCCCGGCGGGUGGGGGGGGGCAGGCGUGUUCGACUGGCUGAUUGCAAGAAGAGUGUUUUGUAAAAUAAAUGAAAGAGGUGAAACAUC